AUGGAUUCAGAAGACCACGGCCCACCCGAUAUAGGGCUGAUUCAAUGCGGACUUUGUCAGUCAACUUUCACUCGACAAGAACAUCUCCGCCGUCACGUUCGCAGCCACACGACGGAGAAGCCAUACCAUUGCUUGCAGUGCGAAAAGUCCUUUUCUCGCCUGGAUGUCCUCCAUCGUCACAAUCAAUCACAUGGUUCUAGGCCAUUCAACUCGCAGACGAGGGCUAAUUCUAGAGCAUGCAAGGAAUGUGCUGCGUGUCGUGUCCGCUGCCCACGCGGUAACCCGUGCAGCCGAUGUUUUCAGAGGCAGGUUCCAUGUGUCUAUCCCUCGGCGCGAAAAAGAAAAGUCCUGACCGAUGAUACGAUUCACGGGUACACAUCACCCAAAAGGAAAAGCGCGUCGUCUUCUGGGCGCACAAGCUUGCGCUUCGAGCAGGAUCAGCAAUCCAUGGCCCUCGCUGGCCCGAUAUCGACUUUAAACCCCUCAGGGCCAGGCCCACAGAUUGAAGCUUUGGAUGCGACAGCAUCGAGUCUGGCGGCUGAAAACAAUAGGGAGUGGCUAUCAUUACAAAAUUCUGGCGAGUUCACGGAACCUAGUCCCGGACUAGUCAACGGAGUUAUACCGGAAUUCGAUCCCCAUGUACUCGACAAUGAUCUAAACGAAUGGCUUGGGAACAUGGCCUCUGUGAACUGGCUAUCGCCCCAAGAUGCCGACAACCUCUUUCCAGAGGGCCAACUAGAAAGCUUACUUCUACCCGGGAUCAGCGACAGCGGAUUUGAGCUAGUUGAAAACGCGGACGGAGCUCGCAAUCAGUUAUUCGAGACGGUCAACAAUGCUCCCAACGUCGAAAAUACUCAUACCGCUUCGAUUUCAGUGUCAUCGCUCCAUUCGGCAGGCGAACAACAUCCCCCGGGAACAAAGUCCUCUACUUCAAAGCUAUCAAAUGGCACGGCCAGAAGAUCAGCGCCACGCUCCCCGGAAGGCACAUACUAUAUUGAAGGCGGCGUCGGCCGUGCACCCUUUAAAGGUAGAUCAAGCUGGAAAGCGGGGAUUUACUCCAACGGGGGCCGGAAGAUGGUCGAACCACCCGGGAAAGACUCGGUAUGCUCUGAAAAUAUCAACAUAUCACCCCUGCCGUCUGUUUCGACGGGGAAAUAUCAAUCAUUCGUCCGCAGACUGGUGAAUGUGUCUGAUAUAUUGAGGCUGAACAUGGAAAUUCCCACUCAAGAUGAUGUAGAGGACCUGGUUCGCCUUUACUUUGAUGGAUUUCACCCAACAUAUCCAUUUCUAUUACAAGGCCCUUCUUUAUUCAGUUCGGACUCGGACUGGAUCCUUCUCCUGGCCGUUGUAGCUACUGGGUCGCGAUAUGCAAACAGCGCCAAAUACCGAUGCCUCGGAAAAAUCCUAGUACAUAUAAUUGACCGGGAAUUAAGCAAUCAAAUCAGUAAUCCUCCAGCUGAUGAUUGCAAUGGUUUGUGGAAUCCUGUUCCGGGGCCUGUGGAUCAAAGACAUCUAGAUCUCGUUGCACUUCAGUCUGCAGUACUGAACUGUCUGUUUCUACUUCAUUGUGGGAAGCAAAGCGCAGUUCAGCGUGCUCUUCAUCACAGGUAUCACAUUAUAGAGGCCUUCCACUCCCUAAAUAUACUCGCUGCAGCUAAAGCCCCACUCCAGGGGGCAGGUGAACCCAACCAGGAUAAUUCUCUCGGGAGUUGGAUCGAAUCAGAAUCGCGAAUCAGAACCGGUUGGAUGAUAUGGGUACGUCUGUCCUGUAUUCGCCUCAUUGCAGAUAUUUCUUCUAUUGCUUAUACUUUUCAGUUGCUCGAUUCGAUUGUCCACUAUGAGUUUCAUUGUGCGCCUUUAAUUCAGUUAGGUGACACGAACGCCCGUCUGCCUUGUCGUGAUGACCUCUGGGACCUUUGCUUGGGGUCGGAAACUGUCCCUGGGAUAAAAGAUCAGUCAGAUUAUUGUCUUCCGCACACUGACUCUGGGGUUUAUUUUGCAGUGACAUUAAUGAAAGCCCUUGAAAUGCUUUAUAUUGAAAAGACCUUGCCACCAAACUUGGGUGAUCUCGGCACAAAUAUUUUGAUCUUUGCAAUAUGUCGACGCAGUCGGGAAGCCAGCAUACAACACCAAACCGAACUCACUUUCUGGUCACCAAAUGCACAGAAGCAGACGAGACUGUCCCCUUGUUCGCCGCAGGAGACAUGGCCACCGGAAAUGCCAUCCCUAUCGAAAUGGCGAAAUGCCGCCUGUGACUGCUUGGAUAUUUUGCAUUGGAAUGCUAAUAGCAUAGCAGCGCGGGUUGGUGGCUGGGAACACUCGACCAUCCUGGAUCUUCACAUUGCGCGCCUCAUAAUUCUAACUCCGCUGAAGCAUAUCCAGACACUAACAAUGUAUUCGAUGGUGUCUUGCAAUUUUCCAGUCUCAAACUCAGCGGAAUAUAUGACAGCCCGAUCUCAUACUCUCCGGUGGGCCAUUCGUGAUCAAUACAAGGCGAGGCUGAGCAUAAUUCAUGCUGGUGCUCUGCUUUGGCAUGUCCGACGAUACAGCACCAACAGCUUUUUGGAGCCAUUUGGAGUAUAUACAGCGACUCUUGUUAUAUGGGCGUAUAGUGUGUCAAUGCUGAUCAUGCAAAGCCACUGCCUUCAGCGGCCUGGCACUCCAGAGUCUCAGGCAGUCCCCGAUGACUCUGUACGACAGGGGGACCAUUCCUCCCUCCAAGAGAUGGCAAUUGAGACAGAGGAUAGUGAUAUUGAAUGCGAGCCUAUGGUGAUUCAGCUAGAUCGGCCUUGUGAUGAUGAAAUUGUACAGGCAUAUGUUCGUACUGGGGAGAAAAUGUCGGCUCGGAUGCAUCGGGUUGGGGACAUCUGUGGAAAGGAUGCGCCACGGCGAAUUCUCAAACUCGGAAUCAAACUACUUAAAGGCAGUUCAAAUAGCCCCGAAGAUAUAAUACCUGGGUGGGGGGGUGGAAAAUUCUUAUAUCGAAUGUCUAAGCACCAUCACUCGUCGGGCUACGACGUCGGGGACUGA